AACCAUUUCCAACACACAAAUCGAUAAAAAAAUAUAUUAUAAAGUGAUGAGUGAGCCCCACUAACGGAAUUUGUUAACGGCAAUGUAGAUUUCUCAAAAAGGGGGGCAUAUCGUAGAAAACGGAAAGUUAGAGAGUUAUAAGUGUAGAUAAACUCAAAAAAAAAAAUUUUACACCCCACCUUUCUUGGUAUUUGAAAAAACCUUCCUUGGUAAUUAUAUUUCCUCUCCUUUCACCACCUUCCUUUCUUACCUCCUGUAAACCCCACGAACACCACCACCACCACCACCACAAUCCAUCUCCAUCCAUCUUUAUUUCACCCCCCCCACAAUUAAAACCUAGAAUUUCAAACUCAAUUACUUUUCUAUUUCACUCCACCAAAAACCUCUCUUCUCUUUAAUCCGCUGAGUCUAAAAUUGCUCUCCAAAUCGCUCUGCUAGGGGUUUUGUGCUACUCGACAACGCCAAAUAGGGAACAAUUUUUGCGACAAUCGCUUCUACUAGUUGCUUCAAUUGUUGAGUGACAUUAUUUUUUGCGACGGCUCGGGUUUUGUUGUUGGUGCCCGGAGCUGGUUAAAGGUUUUUACUUUUCGGUGUCGCGGCCGGGUUUUUGUUUUGUUGAUGUGAAGGUGGCAAUAUGAGUAAUGAUGUGUUUGAUGGUAAGGUAUUAUCUGAGAAGUUGUCUAAACUUAACAAUUCUCAACAAAGUAUUGAAUCAUUGUCUCGGUGGUGUAUUUCCAAUCGGAAGAAAGCAAGGCAGAUUGUUGAAACAUGGGAGAAAAUGUUCAACUCUUCUCAAAAGGAAAAAUGUGUUUCUUUUCUAUUUCUUGCAAAUGAUAUAUUGCAAAAUAGCCGGAGAAAGGGCAAUGAAUUUGUGAACGAGUUCUGGAAAGUUCUUCCAGCUGCACUUAAGCUUGUAUAUGACAAUGGCGAUGAAAGUGGAAAGAAAGCAGCGAACAGACUGGUUGACAUUUGGGAAGAAAGAAAGGUUUUUGGAUCUCGUGUUCAGAGUCUUAAAGAAGAACUGGCAGCUAACCAGAUAAAAGAUCCAGCCCCACAACCUGUCAGCAAUGGAAAGAGCCCUAAUCCCAUAAAAAUUGUGAAGAAGGAUGCUCAGUCGUUGAGAAUUAAAUUGGCUGUUGGAGGAUUUCCAGAAAAAAUUGUGUCAGCAUUUCAUUGUCUCCAUGAUGAAUGUUCAAAUGAAGAAUCUAUGCUGGUCAAUUGUAAUGCUACUGUUAAUUCUGUAGAAAGAAUUCUGAAGGAAAUAGAAGCUACAACAAGUCAAGGUAUUCAACCAGGGACUGGUAUGACAGAUGAGAUGGAGGAGCAGGAACAUGCCCUUAAGCAAUGUGUCGGACAACUUGAAGGUGCAGAAGCCAUCCGGGUAACUCUAGUUUCGUUGCUUAAAGAGGCGGUUCAGGAACAAGAAUUGCAGCUGCAGACUCUACGGCGUCAAUUACAGAUUGCUCGUAGUCGAAUCAAUGAUGUGGGAAUUAUGAGACCAAAGGUAUUAUCACAUCAUUCACAUGAUCAUGGUGUAUCAGCUGCACCAGUUCCUGUGUUGACUGAUCCGCAGAUGACAGGAGAGCUUAAUAGCUCUGCUUUGCAGCCAACAAGCAGUCUUCAGAUCCCUUCAAGUCAACCAAUUGGCAGUAACCAGAUUCCUGUUCAUCAAGUCCCUCAAACUCCCACUCAACACACAACUGCUUUUGCUGCACUUGCAGCAACUGAUGAAGAGAGUAAAAAAGCUGCUGCUGCAGCUGUUGCUGCUAAGCUUGCUGCCUCCACAUCUUCAGCACAGAUGCUUACCUCAGUCCUUUCUUCCCUUGUGGCAGAAGAAGCUGCUUCAAUGAAUGAUAGCUUGAGAAAGGUGGGGUUUCCUGCUAACUUGUCGAUGUUCUCUCCUGAAAAACGGCAGAAAAUGGAACAGCCAUCAUCAGGAGCGGAUGCUGCAAACCUUGAUUCAGGUAGCUCACCCUAUUUUACCCCUGUCCAGCAACCGAUCUCGAGCAAUCCACCCUCCCAGUCCAGCAUGCAGGCUUCAUUGGGCCCACCUCCCCCGCCACCACCUCCCCCAGCUAUGCUACCUGCCAAUCCAGUUCUGAAUCAGUAUACUCAGUCUGCUGGUAUGAUGUUAAAUAUGAUGCCUUAUGGGUUUGGUAGCAACAGUCUACCACCUCCACCUCCUUUGCCAUCCCAUGUUUCCAUGGGCCUUGCCCGGCCACUAGCCCCACAAAGCUCACAGCCACUCCAGCCUCCUCAACAACUGUCUCAGCAGCAGAAUGCAAGUGGAGGAUUCUACCGGCCCCCUGGCAUUGGUCUCUAUGGGUCAAGCAGUCAACCAUCAACACCACCUGUGCAGCGGCAGUAGCUCUAUGCUGAAACUUUUGGAGGGGAGUGGAUGUUUUGAUAUUUCUCCCGUGCGCCUGUACAUUAUUAGGCUCUUGUUCACUUCUAGGCUAUACACCUUUUGGCACCAUACUGUAUUAACUGUGAUGGAUAUUGUGUAGCAUUAAGGGGUUAUUUUAGUUUUUACAAAAUAACUUACAUUUGUAGCUUAGACAUGUAUCCUUUAAAAACAAGUAGCUUUUAAAUCUCUUAGGUAACAACGAACAUCUUAAUUCUUAUUUAGCCUUAUGAUAUUCACAGCACCAUGCCUCCGAAAUCUGAGUUUAGAACACUAAUGGCUCAUUUGAUAAUCGGUUUUGGAAUAGUGGCAAUGGGAAUGAAUUUAUAUGGAAACUUGGAAAGAAAAUCAAUGUUAAUCCCAUGAUAACUCAAGAUGGCAGAAAUUCGAGCUUCAAUGUUGCUUCUUGAGCUUUUAAUGCAUCGAUUUUGUCAAGUAAUUUA